AUGAGCACACGAAAGCUCUCAGGGCUCCAAAAGGACGAGUCCAGGCCCAGGUUUCGGGCAUUUGCGAGACAAGAGUUUGACAAAAACAUUGGCCAGAUUAAGCGCACGGACGUCAAGGCAAUUGAGUAUCUGCUGCGAAUCGGACGCAGGCGCAUGGAGCAGUACAUGGGUCCCAAUGUCAGCGAUAUUUCGAUCAUUUGA